AGGAGCUCUCCGCUGCAAACGUCAAUCUACACGCGAGGGUGGCUCUUUUUGGAAGCACGAUGCGAGAAUGUACAUUUGAAAUGAAAUAGAUCAUGGAAAAGAGAGGAAGUUUGCAUUGUUUGAGGGCGGAAUUAAGUUUUGGGACAAUUACGGGUGUAUUUUAAGUUCGGCUUUUAACGGCUGGGACUUGCGGAUCAUUCCGUUGAAGGUGACAGAGUUGUUGUUUUUAUGCCUGGUGCAUUUUUGAUUUGAUUUGAUUUUUUUUUUUUUGCAAGAAGCCCAUCAUGGACAACCUGACCACAGACAACAUGGCAGCGGGGAAUGACACGUCUUCGGCGCAGCACAAUCAAACCUUGGCUGUAUGGCGCGACUACGCGCUUGAGUACAAGGCAAUCAGUGUUUUUUUGGUGUCCCUCAUAUGCGGGGUGGGGAUGGUGGGCAACAUUAUGGUCAUCCUGGUGGUGCUGACCACCAAACACAUGCGAACUCCCACUAACUGUUACCUGGUGAGUCUGGCUGCAGCCGACCUGAUGGUGCUGAGUGCAGCCGGGCUGCCGAACAUCACCGACGCCCUGCACGGCCAGUGGGUGUACGGAUACGCAGGCUGCCUGGGCAUCACUUAUCUCCAAUAUCUGGGAAUAAACGCGUCCUCUUGUUCCAUCACAGCCUUCACGGUGGAGCGAUACAUCGCCAUCUGUCACCCCAUCAAGGCGCAGUUCCUUUGCACUUUAUCUCGGGCCAAGAAGAUCAUCGUGCUUGUCUGGGCGCUCACGUCCAUCUAUUGCAUCAUGUGGCUCUUUUUGUCAGACACCCAAACUUUGGUAUAUGAUAACGUGGUGCUCGUCAGCUGCGCCUACAAAGUAUCCCGGAGCCAAUACCUGCCCAUUUACUUCAUUGAUUUUGCAGUUUUUUACGUGCUGCCCCUUAUAUUGGCCACAGUUCUGUAUGGACUCAUCGCCAGGAUACUUUUCCUAAACCCGUUGCCCGGGGAGUCCAAAGACGGGGCCAGCAAGUGGAGGAGAGGAACGAGUAAAGUCGGAGGAAGGAUGAUCAAUGCGAGCUCCUCCAGGAGCACCACUGCAGCUUCCCGCAGACAGGUAACCAAAAUGCUGGCUGUGGUAGUAAUCCUAUUUGCCUUACUUUGGAUGCCCUACCGGACCUUAGUCGUCGUCAACUCCUUCCUGGACAAGGCCUAUCUAGACAACUGGUUCCUGCUCUUCUGCCGCCUCUGCAUCUACUUGAACAGCGCCAUCAACCCGGUCAUUUACAACGUCAUGUCUCAGAAGUUCCGUGCUGCCUUUAAAAAGCUGUGUCACUGUGGGCCUCAGCGCCUGGAGAAACCUGCAUCAUACAGCGUGGCGCUCACCUACAGCGUCAUCAAGGAUACGUCCAAUGGCGAAAGUCCUGACCAGAUGACGGCAGAAAUGGAAGAGCUAAACACACCAAGCGACCAGUUUGUACCCACUGGAAUCCUGCCAACUGAGAAGAUGCUGUUUGAGGAGCCUCCCCUUUUGGGCAAGGAUGCUCAAAUUUAGAAAAGGACACGUUGACAGUGAACACAGAGAACAAUUAAAUUCAUAUUUGAGAUGUUAUUGCAAAGGUGUCCGUUAUUUGAUUUAUAAUAACAAGAUGCACAAAUGCGUAAGGAUUAUUUUGAGGUUAUUUUGAUAACUUUAUCACGGAAAUGUUACUUUUCCAGCAGACACAAAAAUGUAAAUCAGCAUAACUGCUUGCAUUAUAUUCCCUGUUUAACUGGCUGACACACACUGAGUAAAUGACCCCCUAAACAGCACUACAGUGAAUCAACACUAUUCGCACGGGCUAGGGCCCGAGCCUUGCAGUGAAUAGGGAAAAAUCUUAUAGCUUAAUUGAUGAGCAUUCAAAAAGGUUUCUAAUUCCCUCGAGAGCCCACAAGAUUGAGGCAAAGCACUUUUUCUGGCCUGGCUAAAUGACGGUCCUCCUUGGCCCAAGAUGGCACCAAAGAAAUAAUUUUUUAUAUUAGACAUGGCUUUGGCCUGGUCACAAAAACAGCAAAUAGAUUAGUUUUUCAACAAAUAACAAAGGAUAUUUUGCCCCCCAAAAAAUGUGCAAAUAGGCAAAUUUCUAAAUACCAUACUGCAAAUACUGUAUGUGGGCGUUCACUGUAUAAGGAUGUUUAUUCAUGCAUUUUUUCACAAUUGACAUACUGUUCUGCAUUAUAUGGAAAUUUUAUACUGGAAAGAAAGAACUUGGUUGCACGCAUCCUUCAUUUACAUUCUCUCUGUCCUCUAAACUGUUUAAGCAAACAGUGUAAGAUAUCAGACUCCGCAAAAAAGGUAAAUGAAGUAUGGUCUGCCAUCAUAAAAUCAUUGUGUUGUUUGUAUAAAACAACACAAUGAUUUUCAACUGAUUCCCAGAUGGAUGCCAGUGAAUUCCAAUGAAUGCAAAUAUGUGACACAUAUUUUGUCUCACUCAAAACAAAGAAAAAGUUACCGAUAAAGAAUGUAAAAUGCACUGUUGUCAAACACAACUACUGUAGUGUACGAAGCACUUUUAAGAAAGGGUAACCCGUUCUCACAGAAAUCAUGUAGGAUAUCAUACUAAAACUACUUUAGUUCCUGGACAUAUGUUCUAUGUUACUUAAAACUAUGUAUUUAAAUCAACAGAAAAGUUCAUAUUACUAACCAAUCCUUCAUAAAUUAGGAUAACUUUUCCAAGGCAAAAUAACAAGGCAUGCUUGGUAAAGGACCAAAAUACAAUACACAAAUAUAAAAAAUACAAAACUGAGCCUAAUGACAUGUCAUUGUUGUUUUAUUUAUAGGGAUUUGACUCACGGAUUUGAAAUCCUCGAUUUUUCUUGCGUCCAUCCUGCAAAGGUCAGUGGCUAGUCAAUGAAAGUGAGAGAAAAUACAGUUUGUACCCCUUAUGUGGAGACAGAGCUGCUGUCACGGGUUGAGAUAACAGUUGCGGCAGUAUUUCACACACAUUGGUAAAGACUGCAGAGAGCAGCACUUUUCAGUGAUCUACGUGCUCAGCAAAACCUGCAAACCAAUGACUGUAUGUAUAAAUAGAGCUUGACAAAGUGCCACACUUACAGUAUGUAUAUAUAGCUCACUAUGCUAUUAUCAGAAGGUACAAAAGCAAUCAAGAGAGAAUGAAUACUGAGUGUUUUGAAAAGAAAGUGAUCUGUUUUGUUCUUAGUCCAUACUGUACAAAUGCUUAAAAUGUAUUUGUGCAGUGUAGUGUGAAAUUAAUUCAGUAUUUUGUUCUUCAAAUGUGAGCCACUUUGUGCAUUCUGAAAAAAAGAGCUUGUUUUGAUCCAUUCUAUUUGUGUGUCGUCAAUCAUUUCAAGCCAGUCAGUGGAAGAUGAUCACCUUGAAAGUAGAAUCGGUGGAAGACUCAAAAUACAUUGUUGUAUACUUUAGUAUAAAGUACUUCCCACUUCUGCAGUUUUAUUCAUGUCUAGCUCUGAUUUCAGUCAAAGUGUUUUGGAGAACUGCCAAAUUGCUGUUUUGGAGAUGUUUUGUGAUGCACAAUGCACAUUUUUCAGCAUGAGCCUAAUUUUUGUCAGUGGUCUAUAAACAUUUCAGUCUCAAAGUAGCUUUUUGCUUUUUGUGCUCUUGCUAUUUUAUUGAAUGUCUUUAAUGUUCAUUGUAUUGUUGUAAUAUAUAAUAAAUAGAGACAAUGACACUCA